AUGAAGAGCCUCGCCAGAAGCUACGUUUGGUGGCCUGGCAUUGAUGCUGACAUCAAGCAUGUUUGUAAGUCUUGUGUAGGAUGCCAAGACAUCAAGAAUUCACCGCCAGCCGCACCUAUCCAUCCUUGGGAAUGGCCAUCCAUUCCAUGGCAAUGCAUUCACAUCGACUUUGCGGGACCAUUUCUCGACAGGAUGUUUUUCGUAGCUGUAGAUGCUCAUUCAAAGUGGCCGGAAGUGGUUGCUAUGACUUUGACAAUGGCAGAGCGAACUGUAGAGGUUCUGAGAGAAAUAUUCUGCAGGAAUGGAGUUCCAGCUCAGGUUGUGAGUGAUAACGGCCCACAGUUCAAAUCUGAACAUUUUGCCAAUUUUAUGAAGUCUAACGGGAUUAAACACACAACAUCCGCCCCGUACCAUCCGAGUACGAACGGUCUGGCGGAGCGCUUUGUCCAAUCUUUCAAAAGCGCAAUGAAAGCAAGUAAAGACUCUGGGUCGAUCCAGAAACGCUUGGCUAACUUCCUAUUGGCAUAUAGGAACAGCAAACAUAUGACUACAAAUGAGAGCCCGGCAAAACUCUUCAUGGGACGCAACUUACCGUCACGGCUGGAUUUGAUCAAACCAGAUGUCCGACGACGCGUUAAUGAACAACAAUGGAAACAAGAGUCGAAACGACGAGUUCUCUGCAGGUCAUUCUCCGUGGGAGAAAAGGUAGCUGUCCGUGAUUAUAGAGACACAAAAAUGGGUGUAUGGUGA